AUGUCAGUCGUGCAGGACACGGUUGUCAAAGCAACCCAACAUGCCGGAUUUCAUGCCGGCAAGCAAACAAAUCACUACCACCUCCAUGAUGCCAGGGACCUGGCAGAUGGUAACCUACCCUUCAGCAGCUUAAGACUCCAACCUCCCGGAAACAGCACGUUUGGAAAUCUGACCUUCUCGAAUGUUGCAGGCGCUGGCCACAAUCUGACCAACACCCCUCCCUAUUAUACCGGAUUGCGUGGCGUCAACUUGAAAAUGGACUCCCGACUAGUCAGACUGUUGUGGUUGUCGAUAUUGAUCGCCAUCAGCAUAGUGUUAAUCCUGCGGCUGGUUCAACUCUUCGUGUCAUACAUCCGGAACAUCUAUUGCAUGACGGUAACCCCAUCACAACAGAAAUAUUAUACCAUCGACCGAGUCUGGAUCUGGCCGUGGCUGAAGAAGCACGUCGUCUAUGCGCCCCUUGUCAAGAAGCGGCACAACCGUGAGUUUCAGAUGUCAAGCGCCGUCAACUACGGUACCCUACCAGGGCGCAUCCAUUCGAUACUCCUCAUACUCUAUGCGCUCUCGAACCUGGUGUAUUGCCUGCUCUUGGACUGGAGAGCGCCGGAGAAAGGAGCGGUGUUUGCCGAACUCCGAGGUCGAAGUGGUAUUCUGGCCACCGUCAACCUGAUUCCUCUUGUGGUCCUGGCCUCCAGGAACAACAUUGCCAUUCCGAUUCUCCGGGUCAGUUUCGACACCUUCAACCUAUUUCACCGCUGGAUUGGGAGGAUUGUGGCCAUUGAAACCAUGAUCCACUUCUUCGCGUGGAUGGCCGCGUACAUUCUUGCCAAAGGGGAUGACGCGACUCCCAAGAUCUUCAACCACAAUCCUUUCCUCCAGUUUGGUCUGGCGGGUAUGGUUGCCAUCAUAAUCAUCCCCUUCCAUUCAUUCUCCGUCAUCCGCCAUGCUUUCUACGAGACAUUCCUGCACCUUCACCAAUUUCUCGCGUUCACAGCUCUCCUGGGUGUUUAUGUCCAUUUGGACGCAAAGAAAUUGCCCGCUUACCCCUCAAUCCUGACGGCAGUACUCUUGUGGAUGGCUGAACGCCUUUUGCGUCUGGGAAGGUUGGUGUACCUCAACUAUUCCCGAAAAGGCGGUAUCACAACAGUGUUUGUGGAGGCUCUACCCGGGGACGCGUGCCGAGUCACCUUUCAGCUUCCGCGACACAUUACCAUCCGCCCUGGCAGCCAUGUCUAUGUAUACAUCCCAGCAAUCUCGCUGUGGAUGUCACACCCAUUCUCAGUGGCAUGGACCAACAUUGAGUCCGAACCACCUGUGGGCCGCUCUCCUCUGCCUCUGAGCCCAAAGACCCCGACCACGCUGGAAAGACAGUCGUUCGGUCGGAGAUUUUCUGUUUCCAAGGCCCCUACCAGCGUCUCUCUUAUCAUGGUGGCUCGGACAGGCAUGACGAGGCAACUCUAUCAGACUGCCCGACGGGCCCCUAACGCGAAGCUCUAUCUGAAUGGGUUUUUGGAGGGGCCAUACGCCGGUCACGAUUCCCUCGAAAGCUACGGAACUGUCGUCAUGUUUGCUGGAGGUGGUGGCAUCACCCAUCAUCUUGUCCAAAUCCGCCAUCUACUGGCAGGAGCGCAGGCACAAACGGUGGCGACGCGCAAGAUUGUUCUGGUCUGGUCAAUCCGCGAUGUCGACCCCAUGGAAUGGGUCAAGCCGUGGAUGACGGAGAUUCUCCACAUGGAAGGCCGGCGAGAGAUCUUGAAGAUCAUGGUUUGUGUCAGCCGACCCACCCACCAUAUCAAUCCAAAGAAGAGCAAGCCGACGGUACAACUCAUUGAAGGUCGAGUAGACCCUGGAAGUAUCCUAGACGAAGUGCUACCGGCGAGGAUUGGGGCGACCAUGAUCAGUGUCUGUGGACCGGGCGCAUUGGCGGACGAGGUUAGAGCAGCGGUGCGCAAGAGGAUGCACAAGGCGAACAUGGAUAUGAACGAAGAGAGCUUCACGUGGUGA